AAUUUUGACCAUUGUGGUUAGACCCUUUAGAAACUUUCCCAAACGCCAAUUUGUAAUUUUAGUGAAUGUUUACAAAUUUUUCGGAAGCAUUUGUUUUCCCUAGAAGUUUGUAUGGAGCCCCAUACACGUGGGGUGCUUCUCUAGGUGAUUAACAAAUUCCAAUUGAAUUCACGUGUAAAGGGAGAGGAAAAAGGGGGCCGAAGAAGUACCACAGUGAUCACUAAUUUUGGCGUUCGCCGCCAUUGCAAAAAAUCUCCAGGGCCAUAGGAAAAAAAAGUAUUUAGUACCAAUUUUUCAAAAGAGAAUUGCAUUUUUGCGUGUAAAAGUGCGUAAAAGUGCCAAUUGGGGAGUGAAAGGAAAGUGCGUGGAGUGUUUGGGAAAGUGUGAAAAUGGAAUUGGAAGAGCUGGAGAAUAUCAAUAAGAAUGACUUCCUGCCCCUACUGCCGCACAACAUAAAACAGGAGCUUUUCGAUAAUAAUGAGACCGGAAACUUGUGCGAUAGUGUGGAGAAGCAAGUGGAUACAAUUCCCAACAAGGGUACCUCCACAAUCCCCUCAAAGUGUGUUUGGUGCUCCCAAACACUGAGCGGGAAUGAUAAUCCGAAGCUCUUGGAGUGCUUGCACGUUGCGUGCUCAUCAUGCGUGACCACAAAGUUCUCGGAACUCGACCGCGCCUUGCCCCCUUUAGUGCACUGCCCAGAAUGCAAUAUGGCCAGUCAAAUGGAGGGCAUCAUUGACAAUCAAUUCCUCAUUGAGCAGAUUAUGUCUGCGGAGGAGCUGCAAAAUUCCGGAAACCCCGAAGCAGACACAAAGGCAGUUAUAAAAUGCAGCAGCUGCACGGAUGAUGCCAAUGCAACAUCGUGGUGCGUUGAGUGCUCCGAGUAUAUUUGCGAUAGCUGUGUUCAGGCACAUCAGCGUCUUAAGAUCACAAAAGAUCACACAAUAAAGCCAAAGGAUGAGGCAACGGUGGAGAAUCAGAGUAGUACGUCAAUGAGUAAGAAUCUCAUGUGCCCCGUGCACUCGCAGGAAAAGCUCUCUCUUUUCUGUGAAACCUGCGAAAAGCUCACGUGUCGCGAUUGCCAGCUAGUCGAUCAUCGUGAUCACAAAUACAAGUUUGCUCAUGAAAUUGCCACCGAGACACGCAAUAAUCUCAAUUCUCUCCUCAGCGAAAUAAAUUACAAGCGUGUCCUUCUCACGAGCGCCAUGAAGGUCAUUGAUGAUCGACAGAGUUUGAUUGCGGACAAGAAGAAGGAACUCAUAAAGGACAUCACAAAUAUGGUGCUAAAAAUCACAAAUACGGUUAAUUUGCGCGGAAAGCAGCUCGUGAUGCGUCUCAAUGAGGUUUGCGAUAGCAAAUUGAAGGUGUUGAAUGAGAAGAAGGAAGCCCUACAGCUGCUCUCUGGUCACACGGAUCACUGUAUUGACUUUGUGCAGAAUGCCCUGGACAAGGGGAGCGAUAGUGCGGUGUUGUUUAGCAAUAAAACCCUCGCACGUCACCUUCAGAAGGUAAAAUGCCAGCGAGCGGAUAUCCCCAAUCCCGAAAUACCCGUGCGUAUUCAAGUGCAACUGAGUCAAGUGAAUGAAUUGCAAAAGGUCAUUGCGCAGUUGGGAACAAUCAUUGUGGAUGGCAAGGCGUACCCGCCGAUGAUUCAAAAUUCCGCCCCUCAGGGUGCGCCAACGGUGCCGAGUCGUCAGCAAUCGAGCCCCACAAUGGCACCCCCGAUGCGUCCGGGAAUGGGACCCCCGGGGAUACCAGGCGCAUCCACCGGUGGGGCUUACAGCCAGAAUGGGCCACCAAUCUACAAUAGCACCUCACCCAAUGCGGCAUUCAACAAUAUGCCCCUCGGCCGGCAAUUCUCACAGGAAGGACCAACAAGAUUCCCCAAUAUGGGAAUGCCAAAUCGCCAGGGACAACCCCAUGUUAGCUCAUCAACGCACCCACAGAAUAUGGAUAUAAGCUUACGGGGCUUACUGAAUAAUCAGGGUACUGGACAGAGUCCAUGUCACAACAUUGGAGGCUUCAAUGCCCCACCGAAUUACAAUGCAUCACAACCAAGUGGCCCCUCACAGGGUAUCCCACAGAUUCGUCCCCCAUUCAUAGGUGGACCACCCCCUGGGCAUCAGAGUUACAAUCAAAAUCAAACUGCAGGCGGUAGUGGGGGCAUGAACAACAGUCCCGCAAAUUUCAUGGCAGCCAAUGGGCCGCGUUUCCAGAAUUACCAACGAAUGCCACAAUCACACUCAUCAGCUGCCAUGCAGCAACCCCUUCCGGCUCAUAGAUCAAUGUUGCAGAAUCAAACGGGUGCUCUUGGGUAUGCUAAUCAGCAGCAGCAGCAGCAGCAGCAACAACAACAGCAGCAACAGCAACAGCAGCAGCAGCAACAAUACAAUCAAACAAUGGCUCAACAAGUGCAACAGAUGCGACUAGCAAUGCAUUCAGGUGCCAAAUGGCAUAUUCCGCAAUCACUGCAGCAACAGCAGCAGCAGCAGCAGCAGCAACAGAACCAAAAUGGCUUUGCUGGGCCUUCUAAUCAAUUCAUGCAGCAAUUCAAUUUGCGCCAAGAUUCCUUUAAGAUUUCCCUCAAAUCACCGCCUUGUGUUAAGAAUCCAGCUCCAAAUAUCACUAUUGGAUCCACCAAUGUUAUACCCAAUGUCACAUCAACUAAUCCCAAGACACCGAGCCCCAGUACCGGUAUCAGUGAUCAGAAUUCAAAAGACUCAGCAGACUCAAUUGAUAAAUUAUGUGAGGAAUCAAUGAAAGAUCUCAUGACCACUAUUGCCAAGUUAGAUUCGAAUGGUGUACAAGUCCUUCCGGAAGGACGAUCAAAGGCAACAUCACCUCUUGUUCACAGUUCAACGGAUAUUUCCGCAACAACAGAUGACAAAAACAGCCAGAAGGAUGAUCCAAAUGAGGAUUGGUGCGCCGUAUGUCUGGACGGUGGGGAGCUAAUGUGUUGCGACAAAUGCCCCAAAGUAUUCCACCAAAAUUGUCAUAUUCCAUCAAUAAGCAACUUGCCGGAUGAGAGUGAGACAUGGCAGUGUCUGCUAUGCUACAAUUUUGCCGAUAUAAAGUUAGAUUCAACGGGAGAGAAGAGAACUGGAGAUCUCAGUAUGAGAGAAUUGAAGAUUAUGCAGCGCAUUGUACUCGAGAUGUACUGCCAAUAUGAAAUAAGUUUAGCUUUCAGAGAUCCCGAACCGCUUGCCAAUGAGGAAUUCUACAGCAUGAUUAGCAACCCAAUCUGCUUAGAUGAUAUUAAAGCCAAGUUAGAUUUAAAUAAUCCAGAUCAUUACAAAGACGUACAGGUAUUUGUCAACGAUGUAAGACUAAUGUUCAAAAACAGCCUACUUUAUCAUCAGGAGAAAAAUUUAGUAACAAAAAUAAUAGAUUUUGGUCGUGAAUUGGAGCAAUUCUUCGAACAGCAAAUGACAAAGUGGCUACCAAACUACAGCAAUCGCCCAAGUGACGACGAUGAGCGAUUCCAGUGUCCACUGAAGCGAAUGCGAAAAAUCAUUGAAGAAUGAAUAGUGUAUCACUUCCUCCAUAAUUAAUUCAAUCCAUUUGCAAUUUUCUCUUUAUAAACUUCUUUCUUUCGUUCUUUCCUUCAAAAAUUGUGGAAACAUUCUGGGAGGAAGUGGUAAAAAAAUGGGGAUUUUGUAAAACAAAAAGAAAAAUAAUUUAUAAAAGAAAAAAAUGACAUCAAGCAAUAACUUAUUUUACGUCAAAAGAAAAAAAUUUAGAGAAAGCAAAAAGAAAAAAAGUUUUGAGUAAUACAUAGAGUAAAAGUACAUAAUACAUAAGAUGUAGUAGAUAAAGAAAAAACAAAUACAAAGGCAUCCCACGCACCCCACAUAUACAGAUUCAUUGAGAAUAAAUUACACAUAAAUUACCUUAUUAAUCGUAUACGCAUUUCACCUUUUUAUCUAUAUUUUUAUGGAGAAUUAAAUCAUUAUUAAUUAUGUAGUAAGACUAUCAAUUUAAAGAGAGAAGAAGAAAAGAAAUUUUAGUUAUGUAGUGAUGGAGGAGGUUUUAUGUAUUUGAAACACAUGACAAUUCACUGAGAGAACAUGUCUUGAUAGGCUUAAUGAAAAAGAAAAGAAAUCACAUAAAAAUAUACAUAAAUAGUAUACAUCCUUAGGAUUAAGAGCAAAAUUAAUUACCCCUAAAAAUAAUCUCUUAUUUUUCACAAUUUUUAAUUAUUUUAAUUUUCUGUAAUUCCCUUCAAAAUUGAAACAUAAUUUUAUUUUAUUUUAUUUAUAUUUAAUAUUGAAUUGAUCAUAAAACAAGUAGUAGGAAGUAUAAAUAUUUAGGAGUCUUUAUACAAAAUGAAUUUCCCAAAUUUUUAAAAGCACAAAAAAAAUACUUUGUAGGAAAUAAAUAAGAAUUUUUUCAGCAAAAUCACCUUUAUGUACUAUAUUUGAAAAUAUAUAACAAUAAAAUACAUGAUAAAAAAAAUUA